AUGUCUUCGAGCACAAUCCUAACCCUGAGGUCAAAAGACAAUCACCUCUUCACCAUCGAACAGGCGGCUGCAAUCAAAUCCAUCACAAUAAAAAAUAUGUUGGACGAAGGCUGUUCAUCGGAUGUGAUCCCUAUCCCUAACCUCGAUUCUAAAAUCCUAGCGCUAGUCGUUGAAUUCCUCAAGGCCGAUAAUCAUGAUCUGAAAGCUUUUAUUGAAGAACAACAGAUUUCGACGCUAAUUGAUCUCGUUAAUGCUGCUAAUUAUCUUGACAUCAAAGACAUGUUGGAUACUGUUUGUCAGAAAAUAGCGGACAUGAUUAAGGACAAAGAUGUGGAGGAAGUUCGAGAGAUUUUCCACAUUGUGAACGAUUUCACACCCGAGGAAGAGAAAGCUAUUCGUGAUGAAUAUGCGUGGGCUUACCAAAAAACCGAAAAAUAG